CACAAUGGGAAAUUUUGAAAUUAUCGAGGGGGCGUUCAGCCCUAGUGCUGUGUAGCUCGAAGUCCAGUUCUUUGGUCUGUGGAGGGCGCAGGAUGUCUCAGCGCACGCUGCCGCUGCUGUUCUUCAAUCUCGGAGGCGAGAUGCUCUACAUACUGCACCAGAGACUGCAUGCGCAGAACGUGGUUACGGGAAAAACAGCAAGAGUAAUGCAGGACAUGGUGAAGACCAUGUUCAGAGAGCAGAGUCUGGAAGAGCUGUUUAAGCCUCAGCCCAUCCCCUCGAGGAAAGGCCUCCAGAUGCUCCUCCAAGGAGUGGCCCACUCCUCCAUCAUGAGACUCAGUAAUACUGCCAUGGACAAGCUGUAUGACCUGAUAUCAAUGGCCUUCAAGUACCAGCUGAUGGUUUGCCCCAGACCGGAGGACAUAGUUCUCGUCACACUCAACCAUCUGGACUCUAUCAAGAGCCUCGUGGCCGAUGACUCGCAGCACUGUCACGAUAUGAUCCACACUGCCUGCAGAAAACUCAAUGAGCACUACAGUCUACUGUCCAAGGCAGAGUUCGUCACACUGAGGAACACAAUGCUGUCUCUCUUUCAAGAUUCUCAGAAAAGAAUAUCGGUGCUGAUGAGGCAGAAGUUGCAACAUCAGAACGGAGCGUUUGUGAUUCCAAUCGAUGGUCCCAUUCCAGUCGGCUUUGAAAUCCCUGGAACCAUCCGCUACUACUCAGAGGAAGGCGAAGUUGUUCAAACUGAUCAUUUCCCAACCGCCCAUCACUACACUCCUCCAUGUAAACAAGGCUCCUGGGAGACGACGGGAGACAGAGUCACCACUCUCGGUCUCAAUAUCUAUGAGAAGGACUCACCAGGUGCCAGGCCAAGGCAGCAGAGGUCAGUGAGUGAAGAGAGAUGUGGGAGAACUCGUGGCACAGGGGGCAGCAGUAGGAUGAAGGAAACCAGAGAAGACACACAAGAGGAUGUUUCAACAGCAGUAGGUAAUGUUGAAUUGACUCUACUUCAUCGUCUGCUAGUCUCACCUCAGACAGACAAAGAAACUACAUUCAAGUUAAACCUGUUCCCGGAUCUUAAAUUGGACGGCGGCGGCACUGGUUCCCCUGGCGAUGAAUCAGCAUCGGGAAGAGAAACCAGUGAAAGGAAUAGAGGAAAUGUGCUCCAUUUGGAAACCAACAAGAAAGGUACAGAGGAUCUCAACAGAAUCAGAGAAGAUUUCACCACAGCUGACACUGAACAACAUGCAGCCGAUGAGGAGGACCUUCUUGAUCUACUAGACCAGGCCACAGCUUGAUGACUUGCCUACUACAUUGCCAGUACUGAAAAACACACCAACCAACACGCAUGCGCAGUCUUAUCACAAAUUUAUACGCUGACGUCACGCUAGUAUUCGAAUUGUGUGAAAAAAGGCGGUGCUUAGCCCACGCGUCUCUGGAUCUCCCACUGUCGAAGCAGAGGCGGCGUUUUUUCUCUGUCUCUCGCAGCAACAGGUACACUAGCGCGCGGCCGACGUUCGAGUCAGUGCUCGUCCAGGUAUGGCCUGUGUCACUCUGAAACGGCCCAUCGACGUGUUGGGCAGUCCGCACCUUGCCGAGAUAGCGCCUCUGGCAAAGAGAAAGCGGUGCGGUCCGCCGCUCUUCGCUGCCACCCCGAGCAGCCCCGCCGGCCGCGGGGUGAAAAGGGCAAAGAGACGGCUGGACGUGGACGAGGCCUACUCUCCUAACUCUGGUCCGGCUAGUCCGGUCCAGUCUCCUUUUGUCGGUGCCGUGCCUCCCGUCGAACCAGGUAACUGAACCCCCCUUAUGAAUUUAUAAUCAUACACAGUAGCAGAAAGCUAAUAUAUGGUGUAUGAAAAUUAAAUAUUCGGCGUUCCAACCGGGUUACUAAAAAGUGAUGUGGUAUAUAGUACAAGUGGGGUUAGCUAGCUCCAUGCGGUUGAGGCUGGUGUGUAUAGGGUGUGGUAAAAGUCAUAUAGAUAGGUUUUUGAGGACCUCGUUUUUCACGGCUAUGUCUGCCAUCUCUUUAGGAGAGCUAAGGGUUUAGGUAGCGGGUUUAUCAAAAUGUGUUCUCCCGUUUGUUGAGACCACGAGUCAUGUUUUGUGUUUACAUACCUUGUGGUGUGCUCCAAAUAGAAACACCGACACAUGCAGUAGGAACCAAUUGCUAGUGGAGAUGCUUGUGGCUUUAGUCACCCACCAUAUCCCGAGGCAACUAGUGUGUUGCUGUCGUAGGUAGAAAACGUCUCGAUUGAUUUGUACACCUGUAUUUACCAGGCACAAAUGCUUAUUCCCACGCAUGUGUAUCUGUUGGUGAUUGAAAUUUGGGGGGAAAAAUUUUCCCACGUGUUGACGGUAGAUCACCAAUGACAAGUUUC